CUGCAGUAGUGUGUGUAGGCCCCAUUCCAAUUGGGGUCUUGGUGAUCACUCUACCCUGCCAAGUUUAAAGUGGUGUGAUAGUCUAUCUUCAGCAUUUCCAUUUGGGGUGUCGGAAGAUAUUAUUAUCCAUCUGAACUAACUUCUAACACCAACUUAUUCCGGAUACUCAUAAUUGAUUUGGUGUGUUUGGUAUUUGAUUCUGAUCCUCAUUCUUUGCUCAAGCCAAGAAUCACAAAUUUUGAUCCUGGAUGACAUUGUUCUUCCUUCCCAACUAAUGUGUUCAUAUCAUACACAACCAUCAAGGGACCAUACUCAUCACCAUCCACUCCAUACUUUUGACCCUCUCUAAAAACACCCCUUUUUCUCCCAACUUACAACUCUGGAAACAACUGGAUUUGGAACAUCUGACAAAUUACAAGUGACAACUUUAAUGUCUUGCAACAUUUGUGUGAUGAGAUCUUGUACAUGGAAAUGAUAAUUGAGUGCGCUCUCUACCUAUAUGUCAAUGAGUAGUGUGUAUAAUUGAAGGGUGAUAGGGAGUGUGUAUAAGCCUGGUAUGUUGGUGGAUUUAAAUGCCAAUUAACUGGAUUUGGCGUCUGACAAAAAAUACCUCUUUCUUAUGGGACACCUUGCCUCUUUUUGUAAAGAAGCCGCAUCAUAAUACUAGCUUCUUCUCCUGCUACUCCAUGUGCUAUGUCACCACUCCAAAUUUAUUCUCUAGUGAAUGAAUACCGACAAAAUAAGUUACUCCCUCCGUCCCAGAUAAUUUGUCCCAAUUUUCCAUUUCAGUUCAUUCCACAUAAUUUGUCCCACUUUAAAAUUACCAAAAAUGGACAUAAAAAACCACUCCAUUCACCCACCCCACCACUCAAUGUGAGACCCCUUUCCACUACAUACCUUCAUUUAAUACAAAGUCAAACAAUAUUUCUUAAAACCCGUGCCGGGUCAAACUGAUCCAAAUUAUCUGGGACGGAGGGAGUAAUAAAUUAAUUCCAAGUAAACAUACCACAUAUAUAUGUUGCAAUAUUCACCUUACCUUACCUUACCUUAUAAAAUAGAAGGAUUAUAUGAUCAACAACCUAUUCUUCGAUCUCAAGAUUUUCUCUUCCUUUGGAUCUUCUAAGUAAUCUUGUCUGAAUAUAAUUACAUAACCAAGUUCCAGGCAAUCUCACUUUCACUUUCCCCAUCUUCCACACACGUAUUCUUGCAUGGGGUUUACAAGUAGACUCAUCAAUCCCAUUUCAAAAGCCCAAAAUCAUCAUUUAAUUUGCUAAAUCAUGAAUUCUCUCUUCUCAUUCGUCACCACUCUCUACACUCUCCUACUCCUCUACUUCCCCUCUCACUUCUACCGUUUCCUUCUCUCUCCCGCUCUAUUCUCCACUUUGAUUCUAUUGCUUUAUCUUCUCCGCCUCGGCGCCGCCCAAAGAUCUACCCACUCCGACUCCACGCAACCGUUAACUGAAGAAUUCCGCGAAUCUAGGGGAAAAUUCCGGAGCGACGGAUCCGAUGAGAAGAAGGAAACGAGCCAUUUGUGCGCGGAGUCGUUCGUGGAGUGGGACGUCCGAGCGCCGCUGGAGGUGAUAUACGAGGAAUACGAGGGAGAGGACGAUAAUUCGGAGUCGCAGAUGGAUUCGAUCCGCCGGUACGCAUCGCUCUCGCUGUUUUACCCGGAGUCCGACAGCGACGCUUCGUGGGAGGGGGAUUUCGCGGCCUGGGAUGGAGAGGGGUUGAUUGAGAUCACGCUGGAUGAGAAGAGGAGGAGUUGCGACUUUGAGGAUGAUAAUCUCAUCGAGAUCAAUCUCUCGCCGGAAAGAUGACGUGGAAUUCGGAGGGGAUUCAUUAACCCUUAGUUUUCCUAAAUUGUGAUGAUGAUUAAUUAAAAGGAGAGACGUUUCCUGGGGUUCUGGGUUUUAGAAUUGUAUUACAACAAGGAUUAACGCGUGGUUAAUUGCUAAACCCAAAGCUUCCUAAUGAUGAGGAGCUGAUUUUUGUAUUUACCAGUGUGCCCUCACAGGCAUAAUCCAAUUUUCCUUUUCAUUUAA